CUCAUUUUGACUGAUGAUAAACUUCACUCAAGAUAGACUCUUGAGGCAUAUGAAGAGGCUUUUUUCAUUGGAAUAUGAUGGUCCGGGCCGCUGCCGUUAGAAUCAUCCAAUAAAAUGGACCCUCAGCCGAAGAGACGGAAAUCCUCUGCUCAAACACCAUCAAGUCAAAGAAUGGCCAAGCCAAAGCCUAAAGGUGACCGAGAACACUUCGGCCCACUCACUCACACUUAUUCACCCACUGAAUUGGGUUGGGUGGUACCCCUCUUCGAAGAUCCUGGUCGAGAAGGGUCCAUAUGAAAAUCUCAAAGUUGGAAAGAAGAAGCAAUUGAGGGACCAUUGAUAGUGUAUAGUUG